GAGUGUGGGCGGGGUGACCCCGGGCCUAGCUCUGCUGCCUCCUGGCGGAAGCGCGGGGCUGGGCCUGGACGCUUGGGUUCUCCGGGAGGGCAACAGGGUCCGAUGGGUUGAGCAGGGGCAGGCGAUCCGGACGCCUGGGUUCUCUGGCGGCUGCGAGGAGUAGAGGCUGGGGCCCGGACGCCUGGGUCCUCUGAGGGCAGAGGGAGUCUUUCCCGGCUGUGGAAGGAGACUGCGGGGCUGGUGGGCGGUGUCCGGACGCCUAGGUUCUCUCCCUGUCCCCAGGCUCCGCUGGGGGUGGCUGCCUUAUCUGGGCCCUCAGGGAGGGAACCCAGGCGUCCGGGCCUGGGUGGGAGGGGCAAGGGGUGGAGAUGGUCCUUAUCUCUGCUCCCCGGACCCUGGGGGCCCAGGCGUGCGAGGUGAAGGGGGCUCAGUGCUGGUUGUUCGUCCUCAGUGCAGGGCAAUAGACUCAGGACAUUGGGCUCCCUGCCCCCGGGUGUGGCUGCACUGCCCUUAUCAACCCCCUGCAGCUGCACCCCCGCGAUGUCCCGGCUGCUGCAGCGCUGCCCGUUCCUGCGCCGGGCCCCAAUCCCGAUCCCAGCCUCGCUCCUGGCCCGCGCCCGCCCUCUACUGGUCGCCGCCGCCGCCCACUGCCCCGUGCUGGCCCGGGGGGUGCGCGGGGGCGCCGGGCCUCAGGGCCCGUGUCCAUGGAUGGGGACAUUGGGGGCUGCAGUGCAGCGUGCCCCACCUGAGCUGCAGGAGGACGUGGCCACCGGCUCAGACACCGAGGAGGCCCUGCCCCGCCUGCAGCUGCCUGCAGGCUCGUUCCCCUAUGAGCAGUUCUUUGCAGAGCGGCUGGCGGCAAAGCGCCAGGAUCACUCGUACCGUGUCUUCCGCACUGUCACGCGCCAUGUGGACACACCUCCCCUGGCCCGCACUGACCAUGGCACCGACGUGGCCAUCUGGUGCAGCAAUGACUACCUGGGCCUAGGCCGCCACCCGCAAGUGCUGCACGCUGCCACGGAGGCCCUCCAGGCUCAUGGCCUUGGGGCCGGGGGGACACGGAACAUCUCAGGCACCAGCUGGUUCCAUGUGGCACUGGAGCUGGCACUGGCCAAGCUUCACCGCACUGAUGCUGCCCUGGUCUUCUCCUCCUGCUUCGUGGCCAACGAUGCCACCCUUAGCACCCUGGCCAGCUUGCUGCCAGGCUGUGAGGUAUUUUCGGACGCGGGGAAUCAUGCAUCCAUGAUCCAGGGCAUCAGACGCAGCGGGGCACCACGCCACAUCUUCCGCCACAAUGACCCAGCGCACCUGGACGAGCUGCUGCGGCACACAGAACCCAGCACCCCCAAGAUUGUGGCCUUCGAGACUGUGCAUUCCAUGGAUGGCUCAAUCUGCCCUCUGGGGGAGCUGCUGGAGGUGGCGCGGGCACAUGGGGCACUGACGUUUGCAGACGAGGUCCAUGCCGUGGGGCUCUAUGGGUCACGGGGUGGCGGCAUCGCUGAGCGUGAUGGUCUCCAGCACCAGCUCGACAUUGUCUCUGGCACCCUUGGCAAGGCGGUGGGUGCAGUGGGAGGGUACAUCGCAGGGCCACAAAUGUUGGUGGAUGCAGUGCGCAGCCUGGCACCAGGGCUGAUCUUCACCACAGCGCUGCCCCCUGCAGUGCUGGCUGGGGCACUGGCAGCACUGGCUGUGCUGGCAGGGACUGAGGGCAGGGCACUGCGCCGCGCCCACCAGCGCCACGCUGCCAUGCUGCGCCGCUGCCUGCGUGAUGCCUGCCUGCCUGCCCUGCCCAGCCAAAGCCACAUUGUGCCUCUGCGUGUGGGGGAGGCAGCAGCCUGCACCCGGGUGAGUGAGCGGCUCCUGACCCAUGAUGGCAUCUACAUUCAGGCCAUCAACUACCCCACGGUGCCACGCGGCCAUGAGCUGCUGCGCCUGGCACCCACCCCACAUCACACCCCACCCAUGAUUGAGCACUUAGUUGAGUGCUUGUCCCGGGCGUGGGAGGCGGAAGGGCUGCCACUGAUGCCUCCGGGAGACCCGACCUGUGGCUUCUGCCAGCGCCCUCUGCAUCUGGAGCUGCUCAGUCAGUGGGAGCGCGACUGCUUUGGGACCCUGUCUGUGCCCCUUUGCGCCUGAUGGAUAGAUGGACACAUGGACCCACCCUCCAUCCAGGACGGGGGACCCAUGGGACAGCAAUAAACAUGUGGCACCCUG